UUUAAAUCGCAGCAGGAGCGACUUGGACUGGUUUCAUGGCUCCAGGAUGGAGGGGUUCCUGUCCACGUUUCCACCGUACCUUGCCCCAGGUCCAGCCCAGGACUGCGGCUGGGCAAAGAGAGAGGGCCGCUUCAUGACCCCCCAGGGCCUCAACUACCUGGAGCUCUGCAAGGCCAUCCUAUCCCAGGUUAGCCCGGCUCUACCACCUCAGUUUAAAAAGGCUAACACCAAAGAGUGCGGCGUACAAGUCAACGCCAAAGUUGAUAAAAUCGUGCAGUGCUCACUGGGGCCCAAAACGCUUUUCUGCAUGGAGGCUGAACAUCAUAAUAGUGUGACUUCAAAGUCCCCAAAGAGCCCAGAUCUGACCAGACCGGAAGGGAAGGCGCCGUGCAUCACGCCGCCUGUCAGCAACCUGCGCUUCCUGAAGCCGGUUUCCAUCUAUUCACCCGUGUUUGACCGCAGGAUCCUGGUGAAGAAACUCAGCGAAGAUGGAGGAAGGGAGGGAGAGGCUGGAGGUGCUGAACAAGAGUCAGAUAAGGAGGCUGAGACGGACAACAGCUGUGAGGACACGGUCAAAGACCUGAAGACAGCAUUCAAUAGGUCUGCGAAGGGCUCCAACUUUCAGUUCCUGGAACAGAGGUUUGGCUUUUUCCACUGCAAGAAAUGUAACAUCCGGUGGGAGAGUGCUUAUGUGUGGUGCAUCUCUGGAACCAGUAAGGUGUACUACAAGCAGCUCUGUCGGAAGUGUCAGGUGGGGUUUAACCCCUACAGAGUGGAGUCCAUCCUCUGUAAGGGCUGCUCUCAGACGUGCUGCAGCUGUGAGAAAAAGAAGAGGCACAUUAACAUGAAGAGGCCUCAUCGUCAGGACCUGUGCUGUCGCUGCAAGGGCAUGAGGUUGUCCUGUGAUACCACCUACAGCUUUAAAUAUAUCAUCUGAGCUGGCUCUGCUCUGGAUACAGCCAUUGCUCAAGACCAUACCUUCACAUGUCCACAGUGGAAGUUGUCUCCAUUUAACAUAUUCUAAGAGAUGAUUUAUUCUUCUACCAGAGAUUAGAGAAAUCUCUUGCUGGGUUUGUUUAUUCAAAACAACUUCUAAAUAAAGACAUGCCUUUGCUUGCCUUCAGUAAUCCUGGUGCAUUGUUGAACAGUUUAAUAAAAAAAAUUAUAAACUCAA